UUGCCGCUGCCAGGCUUGUUCCGCAGGUCGAAUGGCCCCUGGAUCCUGACGUUCAAGACAUACUGCAUCAGCUGUUUGAUAUUUUCAUAAGCUGCGUCAACAUUCAGGGACGCAUCGUACCAUCGUUGAAGGAGAAGGCCUCUGCAUGUGCCAUGGCUCUAAGUCAUCUAUACUAUGGAUGUGUUCUUCAAGCAUAUCCUGAUCGUGGCGAAUUUACUGUCCGUUGGAGACAAGACUUCGACAUGUUUGUUGGGAUUUCCCUGGCCAUGCGCACAACCGACCAGACAGUGCUUGACACGACUAUGAAUCUUUGUCAUCCAGAUGGCAAUAGGUGGGACAUUUUUUGGUCAGAGGCUUCCCCUGACUCCCUCCCUGAGUGGCUGUCGCAUGUCCUUCCUUAUCACUUUGUUACUGGGCGAGUGAACGAAGACAUAGAAGACCUCGCGAUAAAAGUGAUGUCAAAGCUACUAUCAUCCCCAUCCUCUUCGUCAAAACAAAUCGUGGCCAAUUGCAUUUUUCUUGCUUGCGUCAUGGUCGGAGCUCAGGUUGACAAGAAAGACAUAGUUCGAAUUGAUAAAAGCCCUACUCUGCCUCGACUCAGGAAGUCUCUUUUGGCGCAGUUCCAAAAGGCUCUCUGGGCAUACGACGGAGAUGAACUCGACCAAGAUAGGACAGGAGUCGCCCGCCGGGCAUUGAGACUCCUCGACAUUAUCUGUCGCAUCAUUGAGCUUGCUGGACGUUCAUAUCGUCCUUUAUUCCACACCAUGCGGAACCUGGACGUGUGCAGGAAGAUUUAUUCACGAGCGAGAUCAUCCGAACAAAAAGAUGCUUCGGUUUCUUUGGCAGUGCUGCGAAAGCAUGGGAAUGUGCUGCAGUCCCGCUAAACAACAUCUGUUCAUCGAGAGGCUAAUCGCCUACAUGGAUAGCAACAGUGCCCGAGAACAAAUUGCCUUGAUUGAUGUCAUUGAUGAUUCGACGCUACGGGACAUAGUUUUUACCAAGCUUUCCCCCGCUAUCCUGUCUGUGGUUUGUCCA